ACGUGAUGCUGGAGGAAGAUAACAACUCAGGCGGAACAGUCUGGCCCACUUGCAAGCUGCACACUACGUCACAGUAGUGACGUCACAACAAUGGUCUUGUCGUGAUGUUGGCGCAUGCGCUCCGAGUGGGUAGCACACGCGUGGUCGCUGUCAAUUUUUCUCGGUUAGUUGAGUGACUUUCAGUCUCUCCGUGCUGCGGGCUGUGGUGGGGCUCCCGUGUGGAUUGUGGUGCAUUGUUGGAAGAAACAAGUGACUGUGUGAGUGUUGUGGCCAUGAGAGUGAAAACCUGGGAUUAUUAAAACAAAAUUUAAAAAAAUAAUACGAAAUUGUGUGUGCACCUGUAAAAAUAAUCUUUAUUACUGAAAUUUAAGUGGGGCGAAAAUUACGCUGUGGUGAUUUCUGUUAACAGCUGUGGCCCCGCUCCUCAGUCCGAAAUGGUAUCUCGCCGUAGGAUACUGUCCCGGUCACGUGACGACCUCAACUUGGACUCCACAUACGUGAUGCAAGACGAAGAGGAAGAUGUCUGGUACCAGCGGGACAAGCUGUACAAGGACCACAUACAGGAAGUGCUGGACAAGUGGACACAGAUCGACGACGAGAUAUGGGCCAAAGUAAUCGUCCUGGAGAGAAACCGCAGGGUUGCCAAGGCUUAUGCGAGGGCGCCCGUCCUAACGAUCAACGGGUCGGAUGAUGGGUUCGACGGCUUCCGGAUCGGGCUUUGUGGUUUCGACAAUCCAAUGAGGGACACAAAAACAGAUGAAAUAAAGCGACACAUAGGACAUGGGAUCAAAGUCAAGAUGGACGAUCAAGGCAACAUCCUUGUGAAGCGCGUGUCCAAAUGCAACGUCUACGUGAAAAGCACCAGCUCAGCAGAAGAGACAAGCAUAGGAAAUGACGUCCUGAAGUUGCCCAACUGCGCCCUCGAGAUGGAAAAACCAGUCAAGCUUUUCGACAUGAAGAAAUUCCAACAGAACGUGAACCGAGAGCUACGGCGUGCCUACCCCGACAGGCGCAGGUUGGAGUGUCAAUGUCUUAGCGCUGUGGCAUUCGUGAAAAGCGAAUCCGAGCUGCUGGACUGUCCCAUCUGGGUGCUCAUCAUUAACGUGGUCGCCAUGGACAUGCUCAAGUCGAAACUUCCGCCAG